AUGCUGAUGCCUAAGAAAAACCGGAUUGCCAUUUAUGAACUCCUUUUUAAAGAGGAAGUCACGGUGGUCAAGAAGGAUGUCCACAUGCCUAAGCACCUGGAGUUGGCAGACAAGAAUGUGCCCGGCCGGGCGCGGUGGCUUAGGCCUGUAAUCCCAGCACUUUGGGAGGCCGAGUCCCGAGGCUACUACGUGAAGGAACAGUUUGCCUGGAGACAUGUCUACUGGUACCUUACCAAUGAGGAUAUCCAGUAUCUCCGUGAUUACCUUCAUCUGCCCCUGGAGAUUGUGCCUGCCACCCUACGCCGCAGCCGUCCAGGGACUGGCAGGCCUCGGUCUAAAGGUCCGGAGGGUGAGCGACCUGCAAGACUCACAAGAGGGGAAGCCGACAGAGAUACCUGCAGAAGGAGUGCUGUGCCCCCUGGUGCCGACAAGAAAGCCGAGGCUGGGGCUGGGUCAGCAACCGAAUUCCAGUUUAGAGGCAAAUUUGGUCGUGGACACCGUCAGCCACCUCAGUAGAAUUGGAGAGGAUUAGUUUGCAUUGAAUAAACUUACAGCCAAAAAGACUUAAAAAAAAAAAAAAGAAAUUGUAUUAUGUCGCAAAUGAACCCGUUGCAAUGAUCAGACAAGCUUUUUCCUUUGAUAGUUUGUACUACUUUAAUAGUUUUUUCUUUUAUUACAUAAUCUUAAUUUCCUAGGAAAACCCCAACUUGGUCGUGAUACAUGUUUAAUCCAUUGCUGGAUUAUUUGCUAAUAUUUUAUUUAGCAUUUUUGCAUGUAUGUCCAUAAGAAGUUAGUCCGUACUUUUGCCUCCUUGUACUAUUUAUGUCUGGUUUGGUUUUAAGCCUAUACUAAAUUCACAGUGAGUUGGGGAGAAUUCCAUUUGCUUCUUUUUCUGAAAGAUUAUCUAGGCUGGGCACUGUGGCUUACGCUUGUAAAACUAGCAUUUUGGGAGGCCGAGGUGGGCGGAUUACCGGAGGUCGGGAGUUCAAGAACAGCCUGGCCAACAUGGUGAAACCCCAUCUCUACUAAAAAUACAAAAAAUUAGCCGGGCACACCUGUAAUCCCAGCUACUCUGGAGGCUGAGGCAGGAUAAUCGCUUGAACCUGGGAGGCAGAGGUUGCAGUGAGCGGAGAUCAUGCCACUGCACUCCAGUCUGGGCUACAAAGCGAGACUUCCUGUCAAAAAUAAAUAAUUAAUUUUUAAAAAUUAUGUAGAAGAUAAAAACUUUAUGUUCUUUUUAAUGUUUGCUGUCCAUAAAAUCAUCUGGGCCAGGUACUUUUCUUUGGUUUUGUUUUUUUGUGAGAUUUUUGA